AUGGAGUACGCGCAAGAAUAUGUCAGAAGUGGACGUCGCCUCCAUCAUGAGAUGCGCGAGAAGGCUACUAUGCGCGACACCUUCUUCGGCCUCAAGAGCGAGCCGCAAAGACCCAGCUCAGUAGCAACCGAGUUCAUGGACAUGGAAUGGGAUGAUGAGGUGCUCAGUGAGCUUGAAGACAACUCACCGCGUAUAAGCGUUAAUUCUUCUGGCGGCCAGCCCAGUAUCACAACCCUCUCGUCUUACGAUGAGGUGCCAACACCGAGGUCGAGUCAAGACCGUGUGAUGUACACCGAGAUGCAGUUGCCGAUGAAACCCAUUGAAGGACCUACAGGUCCGCAUCUGUUCCGUUCCUCGUCGGAGAGCUACUUUGAUGAGAGCAUCCUGACUUUGUCGCCAAUCACGCCAAAGACAGCGCGGCCGUUCGACGAUGCGUUCAGAUUCACAAAGCUGCCACCGCCACCAGUCCCUAGACAGCAGAAUGGCCCCUUCCAGUUCACCUACGAAGACUUUCAAUCAAGAGAGCUUGUCUCGUGGACACCGGAAAUGGUAGCGCAAUCGAUGCUUAAUGCUGGCAUUGAGCUUUCGGUCGCAGGCCGCUUCGUGGAGAACGACAUUAACGGGCCCAUCUUGAUUACCCUCAAGUUUGAGGAUUUGAAGGAGUUGGACAUUCCGUCUUUUGGCAUGAGGACGCGGGUUUGGAACCAGAUUCAGCUUCUCCGCGACAGCAGGCCAAGCUCCCCGCGUGCUCCCACGCCUAUUCAAGACGAACCGAGUCGCGAGGUCAAGAAGGAGGCUCGUGAGAUGAGAUCUACUGAACGCCAGACGGAUGACUGCAGCUUAAAGCGAAGAAAGAGCAGCAGGAGACGACCGAAGAAGUCAUCUCACGACGACAUAAUCACCCCUAUGGAGUCGGUGUCCAUUGUAGGCAUCGAGCAGGUUGUUCCUAAGCCGCAUCACUGCCCUAAAGGAGAGAACUGCUCCCGUUUCAAGAAGCAACAGCGUCUUAUCGAGGCUUUCAGAAAGGAGCACCCCUUUGUCGACAUGGAGAAGGAGACUCUCGUCAUCACUGGCAACCCGGGAAACCCCGAGACUGCCAGAGCUCUCGAUCCCACAGAGAUUCUCCGACCUGUCUCGGACGCUGUGCCGUCGGUCGUUGCAUCUUCUGAUGUCUUGGGUCCCGGUAACGCCACUCCAAUGCAAUACCUUCAGGAGGCUACACUCCGAAAUGUCGCCGCAAGGGACCCCCAGGACAACGUACGGCAGUUCCUUGACUUCCAGAAGCGCCAGAGCAAUACCGUGCCGCCGACACCUCCCUUUGAGAUGGGCGCCCCCACGAUGAAGCCUCAGCCUGAAGGUCUUCGCAAGCUACCCAAGCUUUCCAUUCCAGGCAAGCAGGCACCUCCUCGUCCCAGCACCCUCAGAGCCUCCACGGUCCCUCCCGUCACCCAGCCUGAGAAGCGCCAAACCUCUCCUCAGCAAUUGCAGCAAGGCUUUGUGCCGUACGUUAUGGACCGAGCUGAGGCCAUGUCGCCUGACUUGCAAAGCCCCGUCAACCCCUACCGUUUUGGCACUCCCUUCUCUGAGAUGGACGUCCCCGUUACUGCGAUUCCCAUGGACCGUGUAGCGCGCGAUGUCUCCCAGUCCGUCCCUCCCGAGAUGAACUAUCGUGCUGGUACUUCCAAGCAGCAGCCCCCAGCCCGCACGCAGUCCCGCGCUUCUGCUCGGCGCCCUUCCUUCCCUGUCCUCCCAGCUUUGGACGAGAACGCCCCUACCCCCAUUGCUCGUUCUUCCCCUAAACACUCUUCUCCCCGUUCUCCUCGCUCUUCUACGCGCACCCAGCCUCUUCAAGCUCCUCCUCGUGUCAACUAUCCCUGGUCGCCCAUUGAGCGCACCACUCCCUUCGAGCAGGCCAUUCCUCCCAUUUCCCACCUCGCUGGUGCUAUCCCCGUCAAGCAGGCGGCUGAGGCAGCCCAGCAGGACGGUAUCACCUUCCAGGGUCCUAUGAAGAAGCGCAAGACCAAGAUGCUCCGACACGAGUGGAAUGACACCUUUUGUACCCUCAAGGGCACUCGUCUAGCCGUUCACAAGGAUGCGCGAACCGUUGAUCGCACGCUCGAGUACGUUGACAUUGACGACUAUGCCAUUGCGUGCUCCAGCCUAGCUUCGCAGAGCAAGCUUUCGGCCGCUUUCAGGGCCGUCCACUUUUCGUCGCACUCGCGAGAGAAGAGCGAUCCCGUCGCCGCCUUCAGCUUCCAGCUCAUUCCCCAGGACAAGAAUGCCGCCAAGCUGCGCAAGCGGGAGAGCGCGCUCCAUAGUUUUACUCAUCACCACUCCUCCUCCACGUCUUCCGUGCCGGUUGAGGGUGUCAACGGCACGGGCAAGACGCAUCACUUCGCCGUCAAGAACCGUGAUGACCGCAUCGACUGGAUGCGUGAACUCAUGCUCGCCAAGGCGAUGAGGCAGAAGGGCGAAGGAUUUGAGGUUAGUGUCAACGGCAACAUGAUCUAA